AUGGAUGUCAUUUCGGCAACAGCAAGUCUGGUCGCGCUGGUUCAAGCUGGCGGCAUGCUACUGCAGGUGGGGAAGGCGUUCCACGAGACCUUCAUCAGCAAAGACAACGAUGACCGCGCCGAGGAUGCCGCGGCGCGUAUCGCAAGCAUUACGGAGUUCAUGCAGAAAAUCGAGCUAUUCCAGGCGGUCAAGUUGAAAAUGUCGCCAAGUGUCAGCAGCAUCGGGGCCCCGAGCGCCGUGCCCGGUUCAGCCAUUGCCUCCUCGCCGGCCAGCGGCGCUGCCAAUGUCAGCAACGCUCCUGUUCAGCAGGACCUGGACCCGCUGUUGAAGCAAUGCAAAGCGCAGCUGCUGAGGCUGCACAAAAAGGUUCAGAAGAUGAUCGUGCCGGGACAGGCAAGCAAGAUGAUGCGGUUCUGGGGUGCGAUUCGGCUGAAGAUGAAAGAAUCCGAGUUUGCACAGAUCGAAGCGACGAUCACGACCAUGCUGCAGCAGCUCAGCAUCUUCAUCUCGCUAGCUCAGGUACGGCUGUCACAGCAAAGUUAUGUCGCAGCCCAGGAAAGACUGGAUGAGUUUAAACAGGGGCAUGUGGCAAUGGAGACACAGAUCCGGGAUGCUAGCCAGAGAAGUCUAGAAGACCACGCCAGCUUGUCAGUCGAGCUCCAAAAGAUAAUGGAAAACCAACAGAUGAACGCGGUUACUCAGGCUGCUGCGUUUGAACAGAGCAAGGAGAUAAUCCUCAGCAGUUUCGCAAAGUUGUCCAUCUCGCCGAGACUGGACCGCUCUACGAGUGGCUUGUCCGGGACUACUGUAGCUAGUGAGUUUGAGCAAGUCGAGGAAGAAGACCUCUUUGCGCCAAUAGCUCCGGCUCUGAUAAUGCAUCCCGGCCUUGGAUUUCGUGAGGAUCGCCUUAUUGAACCCAGGCUUGCCAAGUCAUUGCUCGAUCGAGUUGACGACUGGCUAAGCCCAACUAGUCACCAUGGCUCGAUUCUGUGUGUUCAGACGACAGGCGAUGAGGAUUGUAUUCACGAUCUCUGCAACCGAAUCGUGCAAGAGAUAGCAGGCUCAGGGGCGAGAUUACUCUGUUACAACGGUCUGCCAAGAAAGGGACCGCCACCUGCAACUGGAUGGUAUACAAUGGCACAUGUAAUAUGGUGGCUCGCUGGCCAGCUACUGAUUCCGAUACCCCACAAGGAUGGGCAUAUGCCGUCUCAUGGUUAUGUUCCCAACAUUGAGGCGGUUGUUGAACGAUUGGAGAAACAUAAUGGUUCGACUACCUACAUCGUCCUCUACCUCCUGACCAGGUCAUGCCCCACGAAACCAGAUCGGACGCUAUACAAGCUAUUGUUAGAACGCUUGCAUGAUGCGUCGAAGGCUGACGACGUUAGAAUUCUCCUUUUCUCAGAUGAGCCGCUUGAUGCAUCAUCUAGGACUUUUGCUUUAAAUACGAUAGUUGCUCAUUCCCAAAAAGGAGAACAGGUUAUGUUGACCGAAUGGGAACCUGAAGCACUCAUCGACGAUGACGAAGAUGACGACAACGACGAGGAUUAG